GGACAUUCCUGUCGUUAGUUGUGAUAGCGCAUGUACACCUGUGGAUCUAACAUGAAUAUCUUGAUCUUAUUGAGCGCCUUUUUGGGCCUUACUACCUCAAUUCAUGCUGCCCCAAGGCCUGGUCCAGGUGAGCCCAUCGUAAACGUCGGUCAGCUUAGAAGAGCUCAUGCCAUUAGUAGCCCAAUAUUUGCGACCGACUUUAGAGGCCCAAUUCCCUUGACCUCUAACGCCAACCUGAAACAAUUUCGAGCCCACCAACUCAAGCCCAUGGCAAACUACAAUGGCGAGCCCAUCGUGAACUACAAAGGCGAGCCCAUCGUGAACUACAAUGGUGAGCCCAUCGUGAACUUUAGUGGCGAGCCCAUCGUGAACUACAAUGGUGAGCCCAUCGUGAACUAUAGUGGCGAGCCCAUCGUGAACUACAAUGGUGAGCCCAUCGUGAACUACAAUGGCGAGCCCAUUGUGAACUAAAAUGGUCACGUCAGAAAAAUAAUUCGAACUUGGCGCCCAGAUUUUGUGUUGCUUUAUAUAGGUUUCCUACAUCACCCGAAAUAUGCUUUACGCUCUACACUUCAAAUGGUGCUUCGUGAGUUAGCUUGCAAAUAUAGGACUGAUUUGGCCGAUUUCUCUUUAUUGAAUUAUACCGUAAUGGCGUUUGA